CCGCCCGCGCUGCUGCUUCUGCUCUCGCUCCCGCCGCCACCCGUCGCCGCCACCCGUCCCCGCCGAGCCUGAGCCUGAGCCCGAGGCUGCGGCCGAGGCGCCCCACGCCCCUCCUGCAGGCCGGCCGGCCUCCCCGCGCUGCGCUGCGGCCCCUUUGUGCCGAGCCCCCGGCCCCGAGCCCCCGGCCCGGCCCCUCAGCCCCCGCCCCACUGUCCCCGGCCCGGCCCCGCAGCCCCCGGCCCGCCCGGCCCGGCCCGGCCCGCUCCGGCGGCAUGAAGACCAAGUUCUGUAACGGCGGCGAAGCGGAGCCGUCGCCCCUGGGGCUGCUGCUGAGCUGCGGGGGGGGAGGGGGCGGCGGCGCCCCCUCGCCCGGCGGGGGGCCCGCGCAGCAGCGCGACGCGGAGGCCGUGCUGGAGGCCGAGGAGCGCGGCGGGGGCGAGGGAGGGGGAGGCCGCUGCUGCCCGCCGCCGCCCCUGCCGGCGCCCGAGCCGGACGAGGACCCCGAGGACGCGGCCGAGGACCCCGAGGACGCGGCCGAGGACGAGGCCCCCGAGCCCCGCACCCGCCGCAAGGCCUAUCUCUGGUGCAAGGAGUUCCUGCCCGGAGCCUGGAGGGCGCUGCCCGAGGAGCAGUUCCAGAUCAGCGUCGUCAGAGGCGGCCUCAGCAACAUGCUCUUCCUCUGCUCCCUCCCUGACUGUGUCCAGUCGAUCUCCGACGAGCCGCGGAAAGUGCUUCUGCGCCUGUACGGUGCCAUUCUACAGAUGAGGUCCUGUCAUAAAGAAGGAGCCGGACAAGCGCAGAAUGAGGAAGCGUGCCAAGGCACUGAGGCCAUGGUGCUGGAAAGCGUUAUGUUCGCCAUUCUUGCCGAGAGGUCACUUGGUCCGAAACUGUAUGGAAUCUUUCCACAAGGCCGCCUCGAACAGUUCAUCCCCAGCCGCCGGCUCAACACUGAGGAGUUAAGUUUGCCAGACAUCUCUGCAGAAAUAGCUGAGAAAAUGGCCACGUUUCAUGGGAUGAAGAUGCCGUUCAAUAAAGAACCCAAAUGGCUUUUUGGAACCAUGGAAAAAUAUUUAAACCAAGUUCUGAGAAUUAAAUUUACCAGAGAAUCCAGAGUUAAAAAACUCAACAAGCUCCUCAGUUAUAAUCUGCCUUGGGAAAUGGGAAAUCUAAGGUCUUUGCUGGAAUCAACUGCAUCUCCAGUGGUGUUUUGCCAUAAUGACUGCCAAGAAGGUAAUGUCCUUUUGCUGGAAGGCAGGGAGAACUGGGAAAAACAGAAGCUGAUGCUCAUCGACUUUGAAUACAGUAGUUACAAUUACAGAGGUUUUGACAUUGGCAAUCACUUCUGUGAGUGGAUGUAUGACUACACUUAUGAAAAGUACCCCUUUUUCAGAGCCAACAUCCUGAAGUACCCUACCGCAAAACAGCAGCUUCAUUUUAUUUCUAACUACUUGGCUGCCUUCCAAAAUGGAUUCGAAAACCUCAGCCAUGAAGAGAAGGCCAAAAUGGAGGAAGACAUGCUGGUAGAGAUCAACAGGUUUGCCUUGGCGUCCCAUUUCUUCUGGGGACUCUGGUCAAUCAUACAAGCCAAGAUUUCAUCUAUUGAGUUUGGGUACAUGGACUACGCGCUCGCCAGGUUUGACGCCUAUUUCGACCAGAAGAGGAAACUGGGCGUGUGAACCUUGUAGCCGCUUGAAGCAGGGGGUCCCUGCACUGUUUGUGUGAAGAGAGCAGCUGGGCAGGGCUUCCCCUCGGCUUGACUCCUGCACCUGCAGCCCAGGAGGCUUGGCCCGUCUCCCUGGGGGGCACCCAUGUGUGUGAGACUACAGAGACUAUAUUAAAGCUGAGUGACGUUGACUUCCCAUCUCGUUGACGACUUCCCUAGGAGUCUUUGACAUGAGAUCGGGAAGCAAACUAGAUUGCGUGAGUUGAGUGUCUCAUCAUCCUCUACUCCCCCUUCUGGCAGGUGGGGAGCUUAUCCCACACACACCAAGAGCAGCCCUCCGGGGUGGGGGCUGGUUCUUAUUGUUUCAUGGUUAUGUAUUUUUUUAAACGUGCCGGUAAAGGUUGUGGCCAGGACGGCUGGCACUGGCCAUGCAUUGUAGACACUACUAGCUUGCAGAAGGAAACGGGAGUUGCCCAGAGCAUCACCGCUUGCAGGGCGUGCCGUCUGCCCCUGUGGCUCCAGGACACUACUGUGCCAACCAACCCUUGGGUCCAAAUGGCCAAUGCUCAAGAAAGCAUAUCCACAGAGCUCACAAGGUAGCUUCUUGUGACUGGUGUACAUGCUUUAUUCUCCAGAGGUGUCUCACUGUAACUGGAAAGAACCCUUCCCCCGGCCGCCCGGCUGCCAGUGGAGGGGGCCGCUAUGGCUCUCCUGCAGUGCCUCUGCCCUGGGCCUCCCCCUAGCCUAGGCCCUCCUGUGGGGUGGGAAGGGAAUCCUUGUGAAGGUGGAGGAGCCCCAGUCGAAACGUCUUGGGCAACUGCUUCCACAGCUCCCCCCUGUCCCUCAUGUUUCCCCACCCCUGCACUAGUACCAUGGUUGGGGUGGCCAGUGGACUGCUGGGAAAUGGGGGAGAAAGACGAAUGGCUGUGAAACGUCCAUAGGUAUUAAGUGACCCCUUGGGGGUAAACCUUGAGCUCUUUUGUACUCAGAACUUUGAUUUGGGUUGUUCGUGCAAACAUUUCUGAACCUCACAGACUGUACUCUACUCAAAAUAAAAGUUGUCAAAUCAGACCUA